AUGGGGACCUGGGCUUGUUCCCGAGAUAGUAGUAUAUCAUUCGCUUCGGGCUCGUCAGAUUCGAUAAAGGAAAACAAGGAUUCUGGCAGUCCGUGGUCAGUCCAGUUGAACGGAGAAAAGUUGUUGAUGGUGGACAGCGAGACGUUCCCGGAAUUGAAGCCUCAGACGCUGCGGGCAGGGAGGACGAUAGCCAUGCCCCCUAUGACCAUCGGCUUCUAUGUCAUCAAGAACAUCAACGCUUAUCUCCACACCCCUACCCCUCACCCUCACCCUUCACCCCCAUACUUCUCACCACUCACCCUUCAGCCCUCACCCCAACUCCUUACCACUCACCCCUCACCCCCACACUCCUUACCACUCACCCUUCAGCCCUCACCCCAACUCCUUACCACUCACCCCUCACCCCCACACUCCUUACCACUCACCCUUCAGCCCUCACCCCAACUCCUUACCACUCACCCCUCACCCCCACACUCCUUACCACUCAACCUUCAGCCCUCACCCCCACACUCCUCACCCUUCAGCCCUCACCCCAACUCCUUACCACUCACCCCUCACCCCCACACUCCUCACCACUCACCCCCACACUCCUUACCACUCACCCUUCAGCCCUCACCCCAACUCCUUACCACUCACCCCUCACCCCCACACUCCUCACCCCUCACCCUUCACCCCCAUACUCCUCACCACUCACACUUCAGCCCUCACCCUUCACCCCCAUACUCCUUACCACUCACCCCUCACCCCACACUCCUUACCACUCAGCCUUCAGCCCUCACCCCACCCUCAACUCCUCACCACUCACCUUCAGCCCUCACCCCAACUCCUUACCACUCACCCCCUCACCCCCACACUCCUUACCACUCACCCUUCAGCCCUCACCCCAACUCCUUACCACUCACCCCUCACCCCCACACUCCUUACCACUCAACCUUCAGCCCUCACCCCACACCCUCACCCUUCAGCCCUCACCCCAACUCCUUACCACUCACCCCUCACCCCCACACUCCUCACCAGUCACCCCCACACUCCUCACCCUCACCCUUCAGCCCUCACCCCAACUCCUUACCACUCACCCCUCACACCCACACUCCUCACCACUCACCCUUCAGCCCCUCACCCCAACUCCUUACCCUCACCCCUCACCCCCACACCCUCACCACUCACCCUUCAGCCCUCACCCCCACACUCCUCACCCUCACCCUUCACCCUCACCCCAACUCCUCACCCUUCACCCCCACUCCUUACCCUCACCCUUCACCCCUUACCCCACACUCCAACCACUCACCCCUCACCCCACACUCCUCACCACUCACCCUUCAGCCCUCACCCCAACUCCUUACCACUCACCCCUCACCACCCACCCCCACACUCCUUACCACUCACGCUUCAGCCCUGACCCCAACCCUUACCACUCACCCCUCACCCCAACACUCCUCACCACUCAACCUUCAGCCCUCACCCCAACUCCUUACCACUCACCCCUCACCCCCACACUCCUCACCCUCACCCUUCAGCCCCCACCCCAACUCCUUACCCCUCACCCUCACCCUUCACCCCCAUACUCCUCACCACUCACAUUUCAGCCCUCACCCCAACUCCUUACCACUCACCCCUCACCCCCACACUCCUCACCCUCACCCUUCAGCCCUCACCCCAACUCCUUACCACUCACCCCUCACCCCCACACUCCUCACCACUCACCCUUCAGCCCUCACCCCAACUCCUUACCACUCACCCCUCACCCCCACACUCCUCACCCUCACCCUUCAGCCCUCACCCCAACUCCUCACCCUUCACCCCUCACCCCCACAUUCCUCACCACUCACCCUUCAGCCCUCACCCCAACUCCUUACUACUCACCCCUCACCCCCACACUCCUCACCUUCACCCUUCAGCCCUCACCCCAACUUCUCACCCUUCACCCCUCACCCCCACACUCUUUACCUUCACCAUUUACCUCCCCACUCCUCACCCUUUCCCCCCUACACUCCUCACCUCACACCCUAG